GUGAAUUCACAACAUCCAAGAUGUCUGCCGCCGUUCCGUUCCUCGUUUCGUACGGUAGCGGUUCUGAUUCUGAUUCUGAAAAUGAGACGGAAUCUAAUACCAGCGUCGAAAAAGUGGACUCAGACGCCAUGGCUCACCUCAAGCCUUUGCAGUCUGGACAAACGAUGUCUUUGGCUGUUCUCAAUUCCGCUCCCGAGGUCGCUGUUAAGGAGGCUGUUGAGAGUGGCACACACCUGGAUCCUUCGUUGAAAGAAGUCGCUUAUAACCCGACAUAUGAAACCAUGUUUGCACCAGAGUUUGGGCCAAUGAAUCCAUUUAAGACCCAGCAGAUGGCUGCCCCCAGGAACAUGCUAUCUGGCUAUGUAGAACCUGCUCACGUCAAUGACUUUAUGUUUGAACAGCAAAGGAGAACCUUCUCCACCUAUGGCUAUGCAUUAGAUCCAUCUGUUGACACACACCAAGCAUUCUCUAACAGCUACAUUGGUGCAGUUGAUGAGGCUGAGAAGAAUAAAGGGCUAACUGUGUUUGAGAGUGGACAUAAGAAGUCAGAGAAAAGGAAAAAGGUCAAAGGUGGAGAUGCAGGGGAAAUUGACACUUUCCUUGGACCAUGGGCAAAAUAUGUGGAUGAGAAAGAUGUGGCCAAACCAUCCGAGGAAGAGCAGAAAGAGUUGGAUGAGAUCACAGCCAAGAGGCAGAAGAAGGGAAGGAAUGAGGACGAGGCUCCAGCAGAAGAGAAGACCAUUCUUCAUGUUAAAGAUAUGUAUGAUUACCAGGGCAGAUCAUACCUCCAUGUGCCACAGGAUGUGGGUAUCAACCUGCGUUCUGCAGAUUCUCCAGACAAAUGUUACCUGCCCAAGAAACAGAUUCAUAUCUGGUCUGGUCACACCAAGGGCGUCAGUGCUAUUCGACUGUUUCCGUGCUCUGGUCAUCUACUGCUCUCCAGCUCUAUGGACUGUAAGAUUAAGCUGUGGGAAGUGUACGGCGAGAGGAGGUGUAUUCGGACAUUUAUUGGCCACAGUAAAGCAGUACGAGACAUUUGCUUCAACAACAGUGGGACCCAGUUCCUCAGCGCUGCCUAUGACCGCUACCUAAAACUCUGGGACUCUGAGACAGGCCAGUGUAUCUCUCGCUUCACCAACAGGAAGGUACCAUACUGCGUCAAGUUCAACCCAGACGAGGACAAACAGAGCCUUUUUGUGGCCGGGAUGUCAGAUAAGAAGAUUGUUCAGUGGGACAUCAGGACGGGUGAAGUGGUUCAGGAGUACGACCGUCACCUGGGAGCUGUCAACACUAUCACUUUUGUUGAUGAGAACCGUCGGUUUGUCAGCACAUCAGACGACAAGAGUCUUCGGGUUUGGGAGUGGGACAUCCCUGUGGACUUCAAGUACAUUGCUGAGCCAAGUAUGCACUCUAUGCCAGCUGUGACUCUUUCUCCCAACGGUAAAUGGCUAGCAUGCCAGUCUAUGGACAACCAGAUUCUCAUCUUUGGAGCCCAAAACCGCUUCAGACUGAACAAGAAGAAGGUCUUCAAGGGCCACAUGGUGGCUGGUUAUGCCUGCCAAGUGGACUUCUCUCCAGACAUGAGCUAUGUAGUUUCAGGAGAUGCAGAUGGAAAGCUGAACAUCUGGGAUUGGAAGACCACCAAGCUCUACCACAGGAUCAAGGCUCAUGACAAGGUGUGCAUCAGCGCCCUGUGGCAUCCACAUGAAACCUCCAAGGUCAUCACCUGCGGUUGGGAUGGACAAAUCAAACUCUGGGAUUAGAUGCCUGUUUGGGGGAUUCUGGUAUGAUGGACAGAGAGAGAACGGGACUGAAUUUCAUGAAACAUUUUUGAGCAAGAGCCACAAGACUGGUAUCCAGUCUUAUUGUAGCAGCCUCUUUUUGUAUCCCUUCAUGACAGCUUAGAAUAUGUUCUCAUGUAAUAUCCGUAAAAAGAUUAACACAAGCAUACAACCGCCGGCCACUUCAUUAGGUACAACUGUACAAUUGCAUGCAAUUCAACCUCCGCCUUAACAUCUGUUUAUGAAGGUCACAGUGUUUCAGUUUUUGGUGAAAUUGUCAAUUUUUCAAUUCAAUUACAUUAUUAAGGUCAUAGUUAAAGGUGAUGUUAUACUGGACUACAUUAUAGUCAGAGGUGUCUAUUUAUGUCCCUCCCCAGCUACAUACAUGAGGGUCAGAAUAUUAGGGAAAAGGAAAGUCCAGUGCAACACCACCUUUAACUAUGACCAAGUUUAGACUGUUUGGAUUAGGUCAAGGGGUGUCAUAGAAUUCUGCUCGGAAUAAGCAUGUAAUUGAAUUUGUAAUUGAAACAUUUUUGACAAUUUCACAAAAAACUAACAUUUUAAGCUUCAUAAACAGAUGUUAAGGCCAAAACAUUGCAUUGAAGUGCAUACAAUUAUACAGAUGUACCUAAUAAAGUGGCUGUUGAGUGUAAAGACAAUUUCUACAGCAAAAGGGUGUUUUUUAAAUAAAUGUUUUAUUUCGAUUGCCACUGUCCAGUGUCAUACACUUUUCCUUUUCAGUUGUUAUGACCACCCCUUUGUGUAAAUAAAGGCAUGUCUAGAUGAAA